AUGGCAUCUCCUGAAGCAAGCAACCAUUCUGAUCCUUCUAAUAAUCAGUCUGCACAACCAGGCUCGAAUUCUAACAUUGAGUCUAUCCCUUCCAAUCCUUUCUUCCUCAGUUCUAGCGAGAAUCCAGGCAACAUUUUGGUUACUCAACCACUGCUUGGAAUGCAGAACCAUCAUUCUUGGUCUAGAGUAAUGGUUUUAGCUCUCACUGCCAAGAAAAAGAUCGGAUUUGUGAAUGGCAAAAUUUCAAUGCCAGAUCUUGAUUCACCUUUGUAUGAGGAUUGGCAAAAUUGCAACACCAUGGUUCUGUCUUGGUUGAUCAACUCAAUGCACAUAGAUGUCUCCAGCAGCAUUAUGUACUGCAAAACAGCGAGAGAGAUGUUGAUUGAAUUGAAGAACCUUUUCUCUCAGGGCAAUGGUCCCAAGAUCUACAAUCUGCAGAGGGAGAUCUCUUAUAUCUCUCAAAAUUAG